AUGGAGGAGCUGGUGGGCGUGGUGGUGGAAGCGAACAGGCUGAGGAGGAGCGUCUUGGCCGACGUCAUGAGCGCCACCACCUCCUGGACGGUGCCUAACUCGACGGCGACGUGGUUGGAGGCGUUGCCGACGGUGGUGGAGUUGAAGAGUUCGAGACGAUGGAAGAAAAAACUGGAAAUUGGAGACUGUGGGAAGAGGCUGGUCACGGCGUCUGGUCGUGACAGGGUUUGCCGGAAGCCGCAAUUCACGCGUGAACAAGGGUCGUCGGAAUUCUUCGCGAGAUGGAAUCGGCGCUGGGCAGCGACUCACGGCGUGGGAGGAGAGCGGGUCGUGGCGUUGCUGGGGUCUCGUCGCAGAGGGCUCGCGAUUGGUUCUUAUCGAAAUUCGCAGGUCCACGCGGAGAAUACUCGCCGGCGGGAGGCUCGCGGCGUCAGAUUUGCAGAGACUCGCGGCUUGCUGCUCGCGAACAGAGAUGAGUUCACGGCAGAGGACUUGCGAGCAGGCGAAGGUCGGGGGUACUGCGCGGCGGAGGGGCUCGCCGGCAAUUGGUCUGCGCGUUCAGAGGAUGGCGGAGAAGGAGAUGACGAGAUGAUGGUGAUGGUGUCGCGGCGCGUCUGGGUGGUCGCGGCUUGGAGAUCGGCGGCGACGGGAAAGGUCAGAGGAAGGGAUGAUGACGAUUGGUGGUGA